AAGGUCAGCUGAUCGUUUACUAGAGUAGUUCCCAGAGUGCCGAGCUUCUGCCUGUCACGUUAACCGGUUAGCACGCGACGUAAAUCAACGCUGUAGCGCUGAGAAACCAGCACCCCCAAAGAUGGCUGAUGCAAACCAACAAAACCCUCCGCCGCAGCUAGGCCCUGUGCAAUUUCUAAUGAGCAACAAGCUGGAAACUGCAAUGUGGCUGUCACGACUCUUCACUGUCUAUUGCUCUGUAAUGUUCAUUCUACCAGUUUUGGGACCCUAUGCAGCAGCUAACUUCUAUCAGAGAGCGUUGUUAGCGAAUGCCCUCACCAGUGCGCUUCGCUUACACCAGAGGCUUCCACGCUUUCAGCUGAGCAGAGCUUUCUUGGCCCAGGCUCUGCAGGAGGACAGCUGCCAUUACCUGCUCUACUCACUCAUCCUGGUCAACUCCUACCCCAUUACAAUGAGCAUCUUUCCAGUUUUUCUUUUUUCCUUGCUUCACGCAACUACCUACACAAAGAAAGUUCUUGAUACCAUGGGCCCAAAUAGCAUGAUGUUUAUCCGGGGUCUCCUGGACAAACUGACAACUAAUCAGCAGAAUAUCCUGAAGUUUAUUGCCUGUAAUGAGAUCUUCUUGAUGCCAGCAACUAUUUUUAUGCUGUUCAGCGGCCAGGGGAGCCUAUUGCUGCCUUUCAUUUAUUACCGAUUCCUCACUCUGCGCUACACAUCCAGAAGAAAUCCAUAUUGCCGCACCUUGUUCACCGAGCUGCGAAUUCUUUUGGAGCAUUUCAUCAUGAAGCCUGCCUGCCCUGCCUUCUUCAGGAGGAUGUGCCUCAGCAGUAUCGCCUUUAUCAGCCGCCUGGCCCCCACGGGGGUUUGAUUACACUAAAUUUGUUUUCCUCAUGUUUUGUUUUUCAGUAAGAUGUACAAUGUGACUUAACUUCGAUGGGGAAAGACUUUGCCAUCAAUGGAAGGAACCGUUUUUUUUGAAUGUCAACUUUACAGUCUGUGCUCCAAUUUUUGUGUAUCUGAGUGCAGCUGAAGACCAGCCAGUAAUGCACUGAAGGCUCAUGCUGAUAUUUGCUUUUCCAUCCUUUUAAUGUGACCUCAUUGAAGCGGUGGACAUCCUGUUGUUGUGUUACCUUCGAUGGGCUGAGCACAUUAGCUUGACAUCAGCUGUGUUCCCUGUUUAUCGGCUGUUAUCAUUCUUUCCUUUCAUGUCUUAUUUAUUCAUUAAAAUCACUUAUUAUAUAAUGAAACAUUAACAUUCUCAGAUUAGUAAAUUAAUGAACAUGUGUUUAUAAACAAUGGAUUAUGAUCAUUUCUUUAAAUAAUCAUAUUGUACUUUUUCAGGUUCUAACUAUGUCUGAUUUGUAUAGCAUCAAAUGCUCUUAUUUGUCUAAAAGCCUAAUUAUUAAAUGUAUUCUAGCAAUGCCAUUGACUCACAUUUCAGCAACAUGCAAAAUCUUAUGUAGCUAUGAUGUCAAAAUGGAUGUUAAACUGAGAAAAUAAUCUGCUGUAUUUUAUAGGAUAUUUUAAGGUACCAGAUGUUCUGCUGUAUGAUUCACAAAUGGAAUAACUUGCAGAAAGCAUGCCAUGCUUAUGAAUGCACCCUGACCUCAUUUCUCAGUUUAAAAGCUGUUUUGAUUUUGAGUCAUUCAUUUUUUUAUUAGGCUAUAGGUUUCUUGCUUAAUGCAUGCCCUGGUAUGUUUUUCUUUCCCUGCCAUGUUAAUUGUGUUUACUUGCCUACAGACAAACCACAUUUUUAUAAUGAGAAUAAAGUUAUCUCCUAAACAAACAU